CCGCCCGGAUAGGCCGUGGUAAUUCGGUGCUUUGCCUUCGCCAGCUCCAACACUGGCGCCGCGAGGAUGUCUGCGGCUCGCGCCUUCCCUUUUUCCCCCAGAACGUCGAGCCCACGAAUACUUCCUACUCCGGAGAGGCCCGCCUCUUGCGUUAGAAUCUGAGUCUCGUAGGCUCUUUAGACUGCGCGCAGCACUCCGAUUGGAAACAGAUCCUGCCCGUCAAGACUUCAUUUCACGCCACUCAACCCUCACCUCCGCCUCUCCUGCUGCAUACGGCGGGCGAAGUUGCCUCAGCUCUGAGGGAGUACUUUGUUGGUCCAGGACCGGUAUCCGUUAGUCCUUAGCCUGCAAAACUCGAAUAAAGAGGAAUCGGCUCGAGUCUGCGAUUGGACCCGCGGACAUGUCAAUCAAGGGAUGGGCGGGUGCAGACGCAAGCCGGCGCACAGUACUGGUGGAGGCACUACCUGGACAAGGCGGGAGCGAGGGUACAGGCUCCUCUCGAUUGGGCCAAAAGGGGAGAUGGUCCCGCCCUCCCUACUGCAGAAUUGGCUCACAGCGGGCCACACCCCCCGCCACCUUCGACUACGAGCCCUACAAGAAGUGGGGCGCCCGGGCACCUGUAAGCCGCUGUCUCCAGUUCCGUGGGAGCGAAAUGCAAAGGCGCGCGCUCGGUUCCCGACCGGACCCGGCGUAGACCCGGGGAUGGCGCGCGCCAUCCCAACGGUGAGGGAACACCAGUAGGCGGCGGGAGAGGGGCGCCGCGGGGACCAAGUAAACCCGCCACCGGAAGUGUCCUUGGGGAGGCGUCGCACCCGGAAGUGCCUCCAGCGCCCGGCCGCACCCGGAAGUGUGAAGCUACCUUCUCUAAGGGAAGUAGUGGUAUCCGGCCCGUUGAGGAAGCGGGAUGACAGCAGGUGUCUCGGUUAGCCUUGUCUCAGGAGGGGCUUCGGGCGCAAGGCCGCGGUCAUGUGGUGGCACAUCCCCGCCUGUUGAAAGCCCUGGGCGAGUGGAGCCCUGGGGAUGUUUCCCGGAGCGGGGCCUGGCUCUGUAAAGGCUUUUCGGAAGUUGCUUUUGCUGCCCGUCACCCCCGAUUCCCCUUUCCCCCAGGGAUGUGCAGAUGGAGGCCGGAGGAGACGCUGCGGCCGCAGCCCCCGGGGGCGCGGAGGACUUGGGGGACACGCGGCUCCCCGGUGAGGAGACUGCCGCUGGUGGCGGAGGAGGAGGGGCCCCCGCGGGCCCGCCGGAUCCCGGAGGUGGGGGUCUGGAGGAGACAGGAUCCAAGGCCAAGGAUCAGCCACCCAGCCGCCUGUCACCGCUGCCCCGUUCAGAAUCCCCGUCAAGCCCCUGUGAGGGCUGGAGUCCUGCAGCCACUGAAGGGAGUCCCAUCCAUGGCCCUGAGGGUGGCCCUGGGCCCCAGGGCGGCGACCCCAGUGACGAGGACUGGCGCAGCCAGCGGAAGCACGUGUUUGUCCUGAGUGAGGCUGGCAAGCCCAUCUACUCCCGGUACGGUAGUGUGGAGGCGCUGUCAGCUACCAUGGGGGUGAUGACAGCCCUGGUGUCCUUUGUGCAGAGUGCGGGAGACGCCAUCCGUGCCAUCUAUGCCGAGGACCACAAGCUGGUGUUCCUGCAGCAGGGCCCGCUGCUGCUGGUGGCUGUGUCCCGGACUCCGCAGUCAGCAGCCCAGCUGCGGGGAGAGCUGCUGGCUGUGCACGCACAGAUUGUGAGCACACUGACACGUGCGAGCGUGGCUCGCAUCUUCGCACACAAGCAGAACUACGAUCUGCGCCGCCUGCUGGCUGGCUCAGAGCGCACUCUGGACCGGCUUCUGGACAGCGUGGAGCAGGACCCAGGUGCCUUGCUCCUGGGUGCUGUGCGCUGCGUACCCCUGGCUCGCCCACUGCGGGACGCACUGGGCGCGCUGCUCCGGCGCUGCAUAGCACCUGGCCUGGCCCUGUCGGUGCUGGCGGUGGGCGGCCGCCUAGUGACGGCAGCCCAGGAGCGGAACGUGCUGGCUGAAUGCCGACUAGACCCAGCUGACUUGCAGCUGCUGCUCGACUGGGCGGGAGCGCCAGCGUUUGCGGCAGGCGAGGCGUGGGCACCCGUGUGCCUGCCCCGCUUCAACCCCGAUGGUUUCUUCUACGCCUACGUGGCCCGCCUGGAUGCCGUACCAGUCUGCCUGCUGCUGCUUGGCACCCACCGUGAAGCCUUCCACGCCAUGGCCGCCUGCCGGCGCCUUGUCGAAGAUGGAAUGCGUACCCUUGGAGCCCUGCACGCCCUCGGGGAGGCUGCCGGCUUCUCUAAUGCCCCCUCAGCCACUGCCCCUGCCUACAGUGUGCAGGCUGUGGGGGCGCCUGGCCUGCGACACUUCCUCUAUAAACCGCUGGACAUCCCUGACCACCACCGCCAGCUGCCCCAGUUUACCAGCCCGGAGCUGGAGGCCCCCUACAGCAGAGAGGAGGAGCGGCAGCGGCUGUCGGACCUGUACCACCGCCUGCACGCACGCCUCCACAGCACCUCCCGGCCCCUGCGCCUCAUCUACCACGUGGCUGAGAAGGAGACACUGCUGGCCUGGGUGACCUCCAAAUUUGAGCUCUAUACCUGCCUCAGCCCCCUGGUGACCAAGGCAGGUGCCAUCUUGGUCGUGACCAAACUCCUGCGCUGGGUGAAAAAAGAAGAAGACCGGCUCUUCAUUCGUUACCCGCCCAAGUACUCCACACCCCCAGCCACCUCUGCGGACCAAGCGCCCCACAAUGGCCUGUUCACCGGACUCUGAAAGGUGGAGCUCCCAGACAAGGCAGCGCUGGGAGUGGCCGGCCCUGGCUUGUCCCUUCUGACUCUGUGCUGGAAACGUGGGCAGGGGUUGUGUCUGUGGCCAGCCCCUGUCUCCCUGGGUGAUAUGGUACGGUGAGAAGUCCCAGCCACAGAUGGGAGAUGGGUCGCAGCAACCAGGCACAGGGCUGCUGUCACAGCCCCUCAUGCACUUCCUUCGCUGGGGGAGACCGUAGGCCUCCCUCCCCCUGCCUCUGCCUCACCUCCAUUUGGAUGAUGCUACAGCCCCUGUCAGGCUGUCACCUCCGACCCUACUUCAGGGGCUUCCCUCCUCCAUGGAAUCCCAGCCCUGAGUGUCCUGGGCUGGCCAGCGUCUCUGGAGUGGCCUACAGGGGUUCUGGCGUUUCUGCAGAGCCAACCUGUGUUUGCCGCCGGCCUGGGGGUAUUGUAAAGACAACGUACAUAAAAGACCUAAACCAAGUCCAAGGAUAGUCCUUUGCCCUUCAUAUACUUUACCCCGCCAAAACGACCCCAUCCAUGCUGGCCACUGCUAAGAAGGUGGCCUCCAGUGUCCAUUUGUGUGACCCAGGACGUGCAGCACCUGCCUGCACAGUGGCUGAGAGCCCGAAUUUUUACCCAGAAGGUGCGGUUUGCAUCUAAGGUUUAUUUUACUGUGUUGUCAAACAGAGAUAACCUCUCAUAGGCCUCUCAUGAACAUCUGUAAAGGAAGAGGGACUGGAACUCGGGGGUGCCCCAGACGCAGCACGUGCACCUGUGUCCCCAGGCCUUGGUAACCUGCGCAACACAUGCAGCCUACGCAGCGAGACCCCGCCCCCGGGGCUUGUGUGUGUGCUCUCAACCCCAGCUCCCCACCUGGCCAGCAUACCCUGGAGUCGGAGUACGGCCGCGCGGUCGUCGUGCGCGCGCUGCUAACUGCCGAUCAGGGUCACCCGUAGGCCUUGCGCACCGCAGACACCUGUUGCCUCUCGGCCUUAGUCAACGGGUGGGGAAAGUGCACUGUGCGCAUGUGCGCUCCGCUCACCCUCGCGUGGGCGGCCUCCCCUAGCCAAUCAUUGUCCACCGCGCCCAGGAGGCCCUGGAGAAAUGGCCGGCCAGUUGGAGCGUCUGGGGCCGCUGGAAGCCGUGGAGCCGGCGGAAGGUAGUGUAGACCAGCGGUGUGUGCUGCCUUGGGCAGAGUGGGAGGAGGGAGCCUGUCUCAGGUAGUGAUGACCUAAUGCCAGCUGUAGCUUUUUUAAAUAAGAUUUUAAGACUUUGAUUAUUCGAAGGAAAGAAACCUUUUAACCUCUCUAAGGUAGAGAUGAGUAACACGCGCACCUUCCUAUCGCCUAGAUUCCUGGAUUAACUUGGCAACUCUUAAAUAUAUUGCUUAAGCAUCUUAUAGUACAGUCUGCUUUUCUUAGAAAUGGCAAGCCAGGGCGGGGAGGGAUAUUCCGACAAAAACCGCCGAGCUGCUGCCGCCCCCAAAAAUAUUAGCAGUGGUUAGCGGUGCCUCGCACCCGGCCCAUGGCGCCUGGCCUCCACGCGGCUUUUUCCCUGGGGCUGACUUGUUAAAUGUGACCCCUAAACCCCGACUGAGUAGAUGUGGACUGGAAAUCGGGCCAGCAAAAAGAAAAUGUCCCGAGGCAGGGAUCCUUCAGUGCGUCGCCAGCUUCUUGUUGUUGGAGAAAUUUUCAGAAUGGACCGAAGUGGAGGAAAGAGCCUGAUGGACGCCCCUGUACCUGCCAGUCACGCUGCUUCCGAAGCUGUCGACUCUGCCCCCUUUGAGCCGCCUCCGACUCCCCUUUGUGCGUGCUCUUUGAGGCACGGCUUGAACAAGCACGUGAAGUUGCCGCCUGCCACGCCUGCCAACGCGGGCGUCAGAACCGGCGUGAUUCUCCGGGACGUGAGCCUGUUCACUGCUGAAAGCAAUGCGUGCUUAGCGGAUAGGAGGUGUGAAUAAUGAGAUCCUUAGCGAAAUUCUUUUGGGUUAGAGCAUCAGACAGAAAUAAGACAAAUGCACAUAGAUUCCAUUGGUUAAGCCCCUGAGGCUUGAAAAUAAAAGCUCAGUAUCACCCUUUCAAAUUCCUCAAAGUUGAAGUUACACUUAACACCACCUGCAGAUUGGCUCGGUAAAGAGAGGCGGAGCACCUGGUACUGAUAACCCCGUGCUGAAACAGCCCUUCUCCUGGUCAGAGCUGACCAGUAAAGGCAUUGCCACAUCUGCAGUCCCCGGGCUAGGUGGUCAUGGCAGAGUCCCCAGGCCCGUGGACCAGGCGUGGUCAGGAGUGUCGCUGUAGGCCCAGCACAGGUACAGUCACAGAAAUGGCCUCAUCGGGGUGUAUCCACGCACCCUCUAGAAUGCCCCUGAGGGUUUUUUUUAAAAGACAUCGGGGGAAAAUAAUUAAAAUUAAGUCCCAAAUUAAUUUAACUUAGGAAUUUGAUUGUCAGUGGAUCAGAUCAUUGUUCAUUGGUCCAGAAUGAGCUCCAACCAGCACAUUUUUAUUAGAGAAAAGCCAGCAAGGAUUGAAAGAAACAAGAAGGGGGUUGUCAGACCAUGCCGUUGUGCACAAGCGACUUGAGACGUAGCACCUGACUGGUCACUCUGGGCAAGGGACUCGCACUGGGGGGGUGAUGCAGGGCUGGAGGCAGUAUUUUGAUUUACUGUUUUGUUUUUCUUUUAGAAACAUAUGAGGAGUGUGUAAUUUUAAAAUAUAAGUUGAAAUUGUGAAAGGUGUCUGAGGGUACGUGAUUGUUGUUACACUGUGGUUACACACAGCGACCGGGUAGAUACCGUUGUAUAUAGGGGGUGUACACUGGGAUAUCAGGGAGCAAUGGGUCAUGUCUGCAGUUCAUGGUUCACAAACACCCAAGGGUGGGGGAAUCUGGUACAGAGGCGACUGGGAGCACAAUGGCCUAUUUCUACAACUUUUGUGUGCAUCUGAAAUUAUUUCAAAAUAAAAUAUUUAAAAGGAACUCCUA